GCGAUUUGUGAUUUCGGCUAUCGCGGUGCAUCUUCUUCCUCCCUGCAGACCUCAACUGACGCCAGCGACGCCACAGCCCAGCCCCCGCGCCUCCGUCCCUCUCGCCGCCGACCGCCGACCGCCGUGCAAGCACGAGGCCCGGCGAGUCGCAGCCAGCAGCCGAGACUCUUGCUCGCUUCCACGCUUCACAGCCGGUAGAUUAAUUCCGUCGUGUCCUCACGCCUCGAACGACACCUCCGUCUGGCUCGCCGAGUGCUCGACGCCGACUCGCUCGAUCCUGCACGCCGACCAGGUCCGUACAAGUCUCCACGACGUUUUGCUUUCUCCGGCGACUUGGAGAUCGGACGACUUAGCUGCUCUCGUCCCCGUUGAGUAUCACAUUGCUCUCAAGCUGGGAGAACUUCCUUGCUAUGCUCCUGCAAAAGUUCAUCUCUCUCGCGUAAUCAUUGAUAGAUAUUUGGCCAGAAAGGAGCCAUAUAGCUCGUGAAGAUCAUGAAAUCGUUAACGGAUGUGAUAAAUCAUAGAGUUUCUAAGCUCUAUUCAAUUGGCAUUGAUAGAUAUAUGGUAAUGGAACCAUGGAGGCAGGUGCGAUGCGUGAUGAUGUAGAGGUUGAGGAAGAAUAUGUGUUCCUUGAUCUUUACUCUGUCUCUGAGCAGUUUGACCUUCCGCCAGAUGCACCAUAUGUCUUGUCUGGUCUGGAUACAUUGAAUCCCAUAUUGGUCAUUGAUAACAAAUUGAAGCUGAUUGGGCAUUACGAGGAAACAAUAGGAACAUGUAUUGCUCUUACCGAAGAGAGUACUUCCCCCAUCAAUCCUGAAGCAACAGGACCAUCUGAAGCGAACAAAUCCUCUGGCAAAUGCAAUAUGAAUCCAAAUCAGUGUCCCAGCAAGCAAGUAAAACCAGUUGCCUGCAUCAAUAAGGUUCUCAAGUUUAAAUUAUUGGUAGAUACCGAUGUUCCUGAUGCAAGUGCUCAGCCAUUAAUGAAAGUUUUCAAUUAGUCAUCAAUCACAUGGAAAAUUGGUUGUCUUGUGGAUACGUUGGUAAGUUUUUCAAGCAUCCUUCUGAGGACAGGCCUCUAGAGAUAAAGAGGAGAAGACUACUGGUUUCUCUGGGACUUAGCAAUCACCAUAUUUCUAUCUGAAAUUAUUGGGGAAAACUCUUAGUCAGCAGUUCACAUCCUUGUGGAUGUGUGUUUCUGGGGUGCAAUUGCUGGUAUAGCCUGAAGCUUUCUUCACGAGCUUUUCAAAAUAAAGGACUGGCAUGCUUAAUGGGGUGGAUUAGUAGGUAGACAAAUCUUGAACUUUCCUUGUCAGGAUGAAUUGGAGAUUCAUUUCUAGACCCUCCAUAUGCUGCUGUUUUGUACUCAUGACUACUAGAACCAAAACAACCUCUGCACAGUAUGUAGCUUACAGGGCCAGAGACCCUACAUUUGAAAAACUCAUGGAGAAAUACAAAAACCUUCUCAAAGUGGUUGCAAUUCAAGACCUCAUUCUUGCUUCCAGCAACCCUUCAUCAUCAAUUUCAUUGGACUUCCUCAAUAGGCUCUCCCAGAAGCUCCACUUGAAUCGUGGUGCUGCCUCCUUCCUCCGCAAAUACCCCCACAUCUUCCAAAUAUUUUAUGAUACUAAUAAGUCUCAACCCUUUUGCAAAUUAACUGAUGCUGCCAUUGAAAUUGCCCUAGAAGAAAGUCAGGCUAUCAAAGCAUCAAUGCCCCUUGUUGUAGACCGAUUAGUUCGCCUUUUAUUAAUGACUUCUUCAAAGUCUUUGCCACUCCGUGCUGUUUUCAAGGUCUGGAGGGAGCUUGGUCUCCCAGAUGACUUUGAGGAUUCUGUGAUUUCUCAAAAUUCCAAUCUCUUCAGACUUUGUGAUGGUCAUGAACCAAGUACACAUAUCUUGAAGUUGGUUGAUGAUAUUCACGAAAAAAAUCAUCUUACAGCAGCAGUUGAGAAUUGGAGGGUUACUGAGUGUUGUAGAGAAGACAGUCAAGUUGAUAGAACUGAAAUUAGGUUCAGUUUCAAGCAUGGUUUUCCUCCGGGUAUGAGACUGAGCAAGGACUUGAAGGCUAAGGUUAAGCAAUGGCAGAGAUUGCCCUAUGUGGGGCCAUAUGAGGAGAUAGGGGAAAAGAGAAAGUCUAAGGCUGCAAUAAUGGCAUUGGAGAAACGAGCAGUUGCUAUUGUUCAUGAAUUCUUGAGUCUCACCGUGGAAAAGAUGGUCGAAGUGGAGAAGAUUAGUCAUUUUAGAAAAUGGUUCGAAAUAGAUAUGAAUAUUAGGGACUUGUUCUUGGAUCAUCCUGGGAUAUUUUAUCUCUCAACCAAGGGGAAGACACACACAGUGUUCCUUAGAGAAGCUUAUGAGAGAGGAUGUUUGAUCGACCCAAAUCCUGUUUAUGAGGCAAGGAGAAAGCUUCUUAAUUUAGUUCAGUUGGGACAUCGUGCAUUUUUUUCUGGUAGUCCAAUGAUAAGGGAUGCUGAUCAGAGCAAGGUGGAUGAGUUUCGAGGAAAAGAAUGAGGCCAAAGAAACAUGAGUUUUACUGCAAUUUGGACAGAUCCUCUCCAAGGAUGAGCUGCCUUGACCUCAUCCUUUUGUUUCCCUGGUUAUAAGUUUAGAAACAUAAAAGGAUGAAGAAGCUAACCUAUGAAGUAUGGACAAACGGUCAACUGAUUAGGGUUGUCUAAGAGGUUGGGUUUGUCCACAAAGUUUCAGAGAUUUAGAUACUUUGGCAUUUCUGGAUAUGGCCUAAUAAACUCCAUUCAAUCUGGUGCCCUAUCAUAUACAUAUGGACUCCUCGGGGGUAGUUUCUUGCUGAUGAUGGACAAUCUCAGGCGAGGCCGGCACAUAUUUGCAUGUUCCGAGGAUGCAAUGCAUCUAUUUGUGGUCACGCACAAGCAUAUCGGGUAUUAUUAAGUGGGCAGACAUGUCUGUAGUUACGUGUAGUGCUUGUUCUUUACUUGAAUGCAGCACUGUGUUAGGUAUAACACUGAAAUCAUUAUCUAGUUGUUAAAUUGUCAAAUUAUUGAGUUCCCACCUCAAAUGCUGUUGGUUGUUUUUGCCAUUUUGGGUUUCAAUUGUCAGUUCUGACUGUUGUGCAAAAGAUUGUAUGAUGUGUUUCUUAUGUCAGUGAAGGCCCUUUAGGCA